AUGCUAACUGACACUGAGAAGCCUGUCAAUCCACAUAUGACGAAGCGAAGCCGGGCAGCAAGGAAGCGUAAUCGACACAUUUUCCAUCAGGCUCGACAGGAUCACCAACUGGGCGGUGUCGACGUCUCCACUCAGACAGAGCAGAAUGACCGCAUCCUCUGCAGUGACUACCAAGCACCCCUGCCACUAUCACGAUACCCAGGCGGGCCCAAUCUCUGCACAGAGCCAGCUCAUCACCUAAGGGAGGUUAUCGCAUUGUUGCAUGGCUCGGAUCGUCGAUCUCCAAUGCCAUGGUUCCCCGGGCAGCGACAAGAUUGGCAAGCGCGUCGCUGCAUUCGGGUCUACAAGCACUUCGAACGGAAGAUGGAGAAAAUGGCUCGGCUGGAAAGUCAAGCAAGCAGUGUGAUUAUGCGAACGGGUCCGGAGACUCCGAGCAUCGAGCCAUACGUCUCUGACGAGCUCCUUGCCGAGUUCGUGAAAAAGGAGUCCGAAUCCGAUCACCCCGUUGAGCCUUACAUUUCCGACGAGCUACUUGCAGAGUAUCUGGAAACGAAGCGUGGCCACCCUGCCCGAUCCGAAUCUGAGUUCGAUUUCCUCGACCUAUGCUCUGACCUCCUUUCCUCGCCAUGGCUUUCUGUUCACGAUGUCUCAGAAUCUUCUGAUUAUGACAACGAUGACAUCCAUGCGUGGAAGCUGCUUGCUGAGAUUCCGGAAAGCACUCCUUGCAUGCGCAAUGUUACUCGCGAGGAGGCUAUCUCUUGCAAGCGUCCAGAGAGUGAUGGUUGUCAAGUUGAUGACAACGCUGCUAGGACCACACACAGAGCCGCAGCUAUGGGGAUUGACGAUUGGUGGGGGUGGCACUGA